AUGUUCCCCAAUGGCACAUUGUCAGGGCUGGGCCUGUCAUCGGCUUGUGAAAAUGCACUUUACCAGACUAUUGAUUGUGACGAUCACAUUUCAUCUCUCUCCAUAGAUGGAUAUAUUGGUAGUUUCGACAACGCCACAGUGACGGCCCUGGUCUGUGCUACUACUUGUGAGAUUUCAAUCGUCAAGCUACAUAACUUAGUAUCGACAAACUGCGGUGAUUCAGCGGAGCUCAUUCCUGAUAUCUCUACCGCUGAUCUGUGCUCAUACUGCUACGUUACAAAGCUAGCACUUAUGCAGCAGGAUGCCUAUUCGGAUGUUUACAAUGACGACUGGGAGUCAGCGUAUGAAUAUGUUGCUAACACCUGUAACCUCACCGUGGCCGACUUCAAUGCUACCGCCAGCGCAUUCAACGCGUCUGCGCCGGUUAGUGAGUCUAUCUGUGUAUCUGGUAAUAUCUAUACAACAGAAGAUGGUGAUACAUGCGACUCGAUCGCGCAGGCUUUAGGUGUCUCAGCGGCUACUAUGUACUAUACUAACCCAAAUAUCCUUAACUGUUCGGAUAUCAUCACUGGAACUAGCCUUUGCUUGCCCCUUACCUGUAAUGAGGUAUAUGCUGUGCAACCUAACGAUACAUGCUCUAGCAUUGCGGUGUCCAACUACAUCACGACCUCGAAUGUCAUCAACUGGAAUUCUCAGCUGAACUCAAAUUGCUCAAAUUUGGUAUCCCCUGACCCCUACUGGGGCUCGGUGCUAUGUGUCUCCGCCCCAGGAGGAACUUACACUGGCCAAGCGUUAAACACUACCUCCUCCACUGGUACAUCAGAUCCGAUAGAUCCACCAGUUGACGUCACAGUAGCCGCUGGAUCUACACUUGACUGCGGGGCAUGGUUUGUCAAUGAAGCCAGUUUGGGCUACAAUUGCUCAGAUAUCUGUUUGGAUAACUCCAUUGCCAUCCAUCUAUUUGUUGAUGCCAAUCCAUCACUUAACUACACCACCUGUGAUUAUGAUCUUGUCGCUGGGGACGCUUAUUGCGUUGAUCCUUUGGCUGGUUGGGAGUAUUAUAAUUCGACCGCGGCUGCCAGUUCCACGAUUACUGCAGCUACAUCCCCGACAUGGCCAGUACAGACAGGUAUUGCCUCAAACUGCAAUGCAUACUAUGAAGCUCAAAGUAACGAUACAUGUGAUACUAUCAUUGCCGAAUUCGGCAUCACGCUCGCUCAGUUCAUUGCCUGGAAUCCUGCCGUCUCAUCCGACUGCACAAGCGGUCUUUGGGUAGAAGAGGACUACUGCGUGGGUACAGCAAUAGGCAGCAAUGCCGUUUCUCUUACAAUUACCAGCACCAUUAGUGUAUCUACACCUUUCACGAUAUCGUCUCCAUCUACGGUGACAGCACCAGCACCAACUCAAUCAGGUAUUGCCUCUAACUGCAACGAGUAUUAUAUUGCACAGUCGAACGAUAAUUGUGCCACUAUUGAAGCAAUUUACGGCAUCACAUCUGCUCAGUUCUUAGAGUGGAACCCAGCCGUCUCAUCAGACUGUGAGACCGGUUUCUGGGCAGACGAGGCAUACUGUGUUUCUAUUUCUUGA